AACCUCGAAAACAAGGCCUAUCCUUUGACAAUGGAAGACCUUUCAGCUAUCAGUGUCACUGAACAGAAUCCUUUUUGCGUAGAAAUGAUGAAACGGCUCAACAUACAACGAAAACAAGGCCACUUAUGCGACAUAACUUUGAUUACGAAAGAUGAUCAAGAGUUAAAGGCUCACAGAAAUAUCCUUUCCGCAGCGAGUCCGUUCUUUCGCAAGCUUCUUCAGAGCGAUAUGAAAGAAAAUCGGGAAGGGAUCGUUCGGUUCGAGGAGAUUUCGGGAUCUGUUAUGGAAGAUGUUUUGGAAUUCAUCUAUACUGGAACUGUAGAGGUUACUGAAGAAAAUGCCGAAGAGCUGGUCAUCGCUACAAAUUAUCUCCUCGUUCCAAAUUUGAAAACAAUCUCUGGUCGAUUUAUACAACAACAAAUGUGUGAGUUAAACUGCAUUUCAACCUUCUACUUCGCCGAGAAAUGCGAUUGUGAAGAGCUUUUAAACGAAAGCAAGAGUUUCAUCCACGCGAACUUCGCGUCUGUAGCAGACAUGAAUGAAUUCCUAAGUUUGGAAGCCAAAGAGGUGGAGAGAUGGAUUUCAAGUGAUAAGAUUGUUGUCGAAACAGAAGCUGAUGUUUUCCAAAUUGCGCAAAAGUGGGUUGAACAUAACAAGAGCGAGCGGAAAGCAGUCUUUGAAGAGCUGCUUCGUCACGUUCGACUGGUUUUCGUAUCGCGUGAUUAUUUGUUGAAUGUCGCGACAAACGAACUCGUGUGCGACAACGCUGGUUGUUUCACGCUGGUUUCAGAUGCUAUUAGACAGACUACAUUUUCAAGCGAUGAUGACCUUCUCCAGUCCCCGAGAAAAGGGCUUGACACACGUGCUAUAGUGGCUUGUGAAGGAGAAUAUGCCUUUUGUUAUGUCCCUCAGAAAGAUGAGUGGAAAAGGUUACCUACCAAUGCUACAGGAAAGAUUCUUGUGUCAUUGGAUCUGGUAACUUGA